CAAAAAAUAAUUUCCCUAAACGAACUCUUAGAAAUUUCUCUAUCAAAUGAUACCUUCAGUUAAAAAAUUCUCAAAAAAUAAUUUUUCCAAACAAACUCUUAGAAAAUUCUCUAUCAAAAAAUGUCCUAAAUGAUCCUUUUAAUUAAAAAAAUUCUCAAAAACCAUUUGGAUACAUAAUCAGUAACUGCGACUACAGUCAUAUGACUUGCUAAACGAUUAACUGAUAAUCUAUUUUUUUAAAAAAAAGGUUAUAAAAAAAAUAAUUUUUUUUUUUAGUUUAAUUUCCAGAUCAGAACUCGCUCGGAGCCGAUAAUAAGAUAUUUUUUUAUUUUUUCCUUUAUUUUAGAAAUGAAAUUAAUUAGGAACGUUCUUUCAGAGAUUUCUAGGCUAAAGGCAGUUUUUAAACAGCUCUUAGACAAACGGCAUGUAAUGGAGUACGAUUCGUUGAUAACUGUUUAUGGUUUUAAAAUAGUUUCUGGAUGUCUCCUUGCGGUUUCUGAAUGGUUUUUGUGGAUAAAAAACACAGAUUUCUGUACCAGUAAUAAGUUUCUUUUGGUUCUUGGACAAUGCUUUGAACGAUUUUUGGAUAAAACAUUAUGGUAG